GUCUAAGAAAAUCUACAAAGAAGCGCAGUGAAUCACCACCUGCUGAGCUCCCCAGUUUGCGGCGGAGCACACGGCAGAAGACCACGGGCUCCUGUGCUAGCACCAGUCGGCGAGGCUCUGGCCUGGGCAAAAGAGGAGCAGCUGAAGCUCGCCGACAGGAAAAGAUGGCUGAUCCUGACAACAACCAGGAUGGAGUUAACUCUUCAGCUGCACGUACAGACGAGGCUCCCCAGGGUGCUGCAGCUUCUAGUUCCGUUGCUGGGGCUGUAGGUAUGACAACCUCUGGAGAAAGUGAGUCAGAUGAUUCUGAGAUGGGAAGACUACAAGCUCUAUUAGAGGCUAGGGGUCUUCCUCCUCACCUGUUUGGCCCUCUUGGUCCUCGGAUGUCGCAGCUCUUCCACAGGACAAUUGGAAGUGGAGCUAGUUCUAAAGCUCAACAGCUUUUACAAGGUCUCCAAGCCACUGAUGAAAGUCAGCAACUACAGGCAGUGAUUGAGAUGUGUCAGCUGUUGGUUAUGGGAAAUGAAGAAACAUUAGGAGGAUUUCCAGUCAAGAGUGUUGUACCAGCUUUGAUAACACUGCUGCAGAUGGAGCACAACUUUGACAUUAUGAACCAUGCAUGUCGGGCCUUAACAUAUAUGAUGGAAGCACUUCCCAGAUCAUCUGCUGUAGUGGUAGAUGCAAUUCCUGUCUUCUUGGAAAAGCUGCAAGUUAUUCAGUGCAUUGAUGUGGCAGAGCAGGCGCUUACAGCCCUGGAGAUGUUAUCACGCCGGCAUAGUAAAGCCAUUCUGCAGGCAGGUGGGUUGGCAGACUGUUUGCUGUAUCUGGAAUUCUUCAGUAUAAAUGCACAGAGGAAUGCACUAGCUAUCGCUGCGAACUGCUGCCAGAGUAUAACACCUGAUGAGUUUCACUUUGUGGCAGACUCUUUGCCACUGCUUACACAAAGGUUAACCCAUCAGGACAAAAAGUCUGUUGAAAGCACUUGCCUCUGUUUUGCACGGCUAGUGGACAACUUCCAGCAUGAGGAGAACUUGCUCCAGCAGGUUGCUUCCAAGGACUUGUUAACAAAUAUCCAGCAACUCUUGGUAGUGACGCCUCCUAUCCUCAGCUCAGGAAUGUUCAUCAUGGUGGUGCGCAUGUUUUCCUUAAUGUGCUCCAAUUGCCCUACACUUGCAGUCCAACUUAUGAAGCAAAAUAUUGCAGAAACGCUUCACUUCCUCCUUUGUGGAGCCUCAAAUGGGAGUUGUCAAGAACAAAUUGACCUUGUUCCACGAAGUCCUCAAGAACUUUAUGAGCUUACUUCUCUUAUCUGUGAAUUGAUGCCUUGCCUGCCAAAAGAGGGAAUCUUUGCUGUUGAUACUAUGCUAAAGAAAGGAAAUGCACAAAAUACAGACGGUGCAAUAUGGCAAUGGCGAGAUGACAGGGGUCUCUGGCAUCCCUAUAACAGGAUUGACAGUCGAAUAAUAGAGGCAGCUCAUCAGGUUGGUGAGGAUGAAAUAAGCCUGUCUACGCUUGGCCGUGUCUAUACUAUUGAUUUUAACUCUAUGCAGCAAAUAAAUGAGGAUACUGGAACAGCACGUGCCAUUCAGCGAAAACCAAAUCCUUUAGCCAAUACAAACACUAGUGGACAUUCAGAAUUGAAGAAGGAUGAUGCUCGAGCACAACUGAUGAAAGAGGACCCAGAACUGGCAAAAUCCUUUAUCAAAACAUUGUUUGGUGUUCUUUAUGAAGUAUAUAGUUCUUCAGCUGGACCUGCAGUUAGACACAAGUGCCUUAGAGCAAUUCUUAGGAUAAUUUAUUUUGCUGAUGCUGAACUUCUGAAGGAUGUGCUGAAAAACCAUGCUGUUUCAAGUCAUAUUGCCUCCAUGCUGUCGAGUCAAGACCUUAAGAUAGUAGUCGGAGCACUGCAGAUGGCAGAGAUUUUAAUGCAAAAGUUACCUGACAUUUUUAGUGUUUACUUCAGAAGAGAAGGGGUGAUGCACCAAGUGAAAAACUUGGCAGAGUCUGAGGCUCUGCUAACAAGCCCACCAAAAGUAUGCACUAAUGGGUCAGGAACGCUGGGUACCACUACAACAAUAAGUACUGGAACAGCCACUGCUGCCAGUAAUGCAUCUGCAGAUUUGGGCUCUCCCAGCUUACAGCACAGCCGGGAGGAUUCUUUGGAUCUAAGCCCACAGGGACGACUGAGCGAUGUUCUAAAGAGAAAAAGACUGCCAAAACGAGGGCCAAGGAGACCAAAAUACUCUCCUCCAAGAGAUGAUGACAAAGUAGACAAUCAAGCUAAAAGCCCUACAACUACUCAAUCUCCUAAGUCUUCUUUCUUGGCAAGUUUAAAUCCUAAAACAUGGGGAAGAUUAAGCACACAGUCCAACAGUAAUAACAUUGAACCAGCAAGAACAGCGGGAGUAAGUGGUCUUGCAAGGGCUGCUUCCAAGGAUACCAUUUCCAAUAACAGAGAAAAAAUUAAGGGCUGGAUUAAGGAGCAAGCCCAUAAAUUUGUAGAACGUUAUUUUAGCUCUGAAAACAUGGAUGGAAGCAAUCCUGCACUAAAUGUAUUACAGAGACUUUGCACUGCAACUGAACAACUCAACCUCCAGGUGGAUGGUGGAACAGAGUGCCUUGUAGAAAUCCGUAGCAUUGUCUCGGAGUCUGACGUCUCCUCAUUUGAAAUCCAGCAUAGUGGAUUUGUUAAGCAACUGCUGCUUUAUUUGACAUCUAAAAGUGAGAAAGAUGCUGUAAGCAGGGAUAUCAGAUUGAAAAGAUUUCUUCAUGUGUUUUUUUCUUCUCCACUUCCUGGAGAAGAACCCCUUGGAAGAUUAGAGCCAUUAGAAAAUGCACCUUUGUUGGCAUUAGUCCAUAAAAUGAACAAUUGCCUCAGUCAGAUGGAACAGUUUCCUGUCAAAGUGCAUGACUUCCCUAGUGGAAAUGGAACAGGGAGCAGAGGAUCCCAAGCUUUAAAAUUCUUCAAUACACAUCAGCUAAAAUGCCAACUGCAAAGACAUCCAGACUGUGCUAAUGUGAAACAGUGGAAAGGUGGACCUGUGAAGAUUGAUCCUCUGGCUUUGGUACAAGCCAUUGAAAGAUACCUUGUAGUUAGAGGCUAUGGAAGAGUUAGAGAAGAUGAUGAGGAUAGUGAUGAUGAUGGGUCAGAUGAAGAAAUAGAUGAAUCUUUGGCUGCUCAAUUCUUAAAUUCAGGGAAUGUAAGACAUAGACUGCAAUUUUACAUCGGAGAUCACUUGCUGCCAUACAACAUGACUGUGUAUCAAGCUGUUAGGCAGUACAGUUUGCAAGCUGAGGAGGAGAGGGAAUCUACAGAUGAUGAAAGCAACCCAUUAGGAAGAGCUGGGAUUUGGACAAAAACGCAUACCAUUUGGUACAAACCUGUGCGAGAGGAUGAAGAUGGUACUAAAGACUGUGUUGGUGGUAAAAGAGGAAGAGCACAAACUGCUCCCACUAAAACCUCCCCUAGAAAUUCUAAAAAGCAUGAUGAAUUGUGGCAUGAUGGUGUAUGCCCUUCGGUAUUAAAUCCUCUAGAAGUUUACCUCAUAUCUACUCCACCUGAAAACAUAACAUUUGAAGAUCCCUCAUUAGAUGUUAUUCUUCUUUUGAGAGUUUUACAUGCUAUCAGUCGAUACUGGUAUUACUUGUAUGAUAAUGCAAUCUGCAAGGAGAUAAUUCCAACGUCAGAGUUUAUCAACAGUAAACUGACAGCAAAAGCAAACAGGCAGCUUCAGGAUCCUUUGGUAAUUAUGACAGGAAACAUACCAACUUGGCUGACAGAACUUGGAAAAACAUGCCCGUUUUUCUUUCCAUUUGAUACCCGUCAAAUGCUGUUUUAUGUAACUGCUUUUGAUCGUGAUCGAGCCAUGCAAAGACUACUGGAUACUAAUCCAGAAAUCAAUCAGUCAGAUUCCCAGGAUAGCAGAGUGGCACCGCGACUGGACAGGAAAAAACGCACUGUGAACAGAGAUGAGCUGUUGAAACAGGCAGAAUCUGUGAUGCAGGAUCUAGGCAGUUCAAGAGCCAUGUUGGAAAUCCAGUAUGAAAAUGAAGUUGGCACAGGCCUAGGCCCCACACUAGAGUUCUAUGCACUUGUAUCUCAGGAACUACAGAGAGCAGACUUAGGCCUUUGGAGGGGAGAAGAAGUGACUUUAGCCAAUCCAAAAGGAAGCCAGGAAGGUACCAAGUACAUCCAUAACCUUCAGGGCCUUUUUGCACUUCCUUUUGGUAGAACAGCCAAGCCAGCUCACAUUGCAAAAGUUAAAAUGAAGUUCCGCUUUCUGGGAAAACUAAUGGCCAAGGCAAUAAUGGAUUUUAGACUGGUGGACCUUCCUCUUGGACUUCCUUUUUAUAAAUGGAUGCUACGACAGGAAACUUCCUUGACAUCGCAUGACUUGUUCAGUAUAGAUCCAGUAGUAGCCAAAUCAAUAUAUCACCUUGAAGAUAUUGUAAGACAAAAGAAAAGACUUGAACAGGACAAAACACAGACCAAAGAAAGUCUACAGUAUGCGUUGGAGGCUCUGACUAUGAAUGGCUGCUCAGUGGAAGAUCUAGGGCUGGACUUCACACUUCCUGGGUUUCCUAAUAUAGAACUGAAAAAAGGGGGAAAAGAUACACCAGUCACCAUCCACAAUCUAGAGGAGUAUCUCAGAUUGGUUAUAUUCUGGGCACUAAAUGAAGGUGUUGCCAGACAGUUUGACUCAUUCAGAGAUGGAUUUGAAUCAGUCUUCCCCCUCAGUCAUCUUCAGUACUUCUAUCCUGAGGAGUUGGAGCAGCUCUUGUGUGGCAGUAAAACAGACACUUGGGAUGCAAAGACUUUAAUGGAAUGUUGCAGGCCAGAUCAUGGUUAUACACAUGACAGUCGAGCAGUGAAGUAUUUGUUUGAAAUUCUCAGUAGCUUUGAUAGUGAGCAGCAAAGACUGUUUCUUCAGUUUGUGACAGGUAGCCCCAGACUGCCUGUAGGAGGCUUUCGAAGUUUGAAUCCUCCAUUGACAAUUGUACGCAAGACGUUUGAGUCUACAGAGAAUCCAGAUGAUUUCUUACCCUCAGUAAUGACUUGUGUGAACUAUCUCAAAUUGCCGGACUAUUCAACUAUUGAGAUAAUGCGUGAAAAACUCUUGAUAGCUGCAAGAGAAGGGCAGCAGUCAUUCCAUCUUUCCUGAUCACAAUGAAAAAUGCAAUGUCUGCCUGUUACAGCAAAAGAGAAACUCAUGAUUCUUUUCUAAAUAUAUCACCUGAGUCAAGGAAACGUGUUACGCCUUCUUGUUGUAGAAAAACGGCUUGCAGAUUAUAAGCAAAGACACUUGGUUGAUAUUCAUUAAAGGCCCCUAUGGACUUAAAGUGAUCAGGCCCUAAAAGUUGUUGUGACAAGGUUUCUUUAGCAAGUUCUUGUUUAAAUUAUCAUUUAUUUGAUGAGUGAAGUUUUUAACUUGCUUUGCUGUGUGAAAUUUAAAAAGGGAUGUUUUUCCAGGCUGGAACAAUAAAUGUCGCUGUGCAGUUUAA